AUGGAGUCAGACAUCUCUCAAGCCUUCCAGGAAGAACUCACCUGCUUUAUCUGCCUGAGCUGCCUGACAGAGCCAGUCACCAUAAGCUGUGGCCACUGCUUCUGUCGAGCCUGCCUCCAGCUUUCCUGGGAGGACAACCAUCUUCCAGUCCACUGCCCUAUGUGUCGGGAACCAUGCCAACAGAAGGAAAUGAGAACCAACAUUGUUCUGAAGAAGCUGGUGCCCAUUUUCUUUGACAAUGUAACCACCUCCCAUUCCAACAUGAACCUAUUUAAUGUCUUGAGAGAAUUCAGCCUCGGACCUCACCUUAAGGAUACAUCUGUGGAUUCUGUUGGAUGCUAUUUGGCUUGCUGGGGAUCCUUGAGGUUCAAUUCAGGGAAAUAUUACUGGGAGGUGGAUUUGCAGGACUCUGGGGACUGGGCUGUAGGGGUCUGUGAGGAUUCCUGGUUAAGGAAUACAAACCAAAUGAUUGACUCUGAGGGUGCCUUUCUUCUUGUGUGUAUGAAGGAGGGUAAUCAUUACAGUCUCCUCACCACAUGCCCUCUAUAUUGGCACUAUGUAGAGAAGCCCCUGGGCAGGGUUGGGGUGCUCCUGGAUUGUGAGCGUGGAUGUUUAAGUUUCGUGAAUGUUCCCAAGAGUUCCGUCAUAUACAGGUACCCGCCCUGGCACCUUCAAAAACCCUGUCCAGCCUUUCUUCUCCAGUGGCCAUGA